AUGUCAGAAAUUAAAAAGUGGGCAUUUUGGAAGGCAGCUCUGGCUGAGUGUCUGGGAAUGAUCAUCUUCAUUUUCAUCGGCCUCUCUGCUGCUAUAGGGGAUCGAAAUAAUUCCUACCCGGACCAGGAGAUAAAAGUGUCUUUUGCUUUUGGCCUGGCCAUUGCCACAUUAGCCCAGAGCAUAGGCCACAUUAGUGGUGCCCAUCUUAAUCCUGCCAUCACCUUGGGCCUCCUGGCCAGCUGCCAGAUGAGUGUCCUCAAAGCCUUUUUCUACAUAAUAGCUCAAGUUUUGGGAGCAGUGGCUGGCAGUGCCAUUGUUUAUGGCAUAAGGCCAAAAUCCACAGAUUCACUGGGUGUUAACAAGCUUAAUGGGAUCAGCCCAAUCCAAGGUUUUGGUGUAGAAUUUCUGCUCACCCUCCAACUUGUCCUGUGUGUAAUCUCAGUCACUGACAAAAGACGUGACAUCAGUGGAUUUGCACCUCUGGCAAUUGGACUGUCUGUAGGGGUUGGACACCUUGCUGGUAUCAGCUACACAGGAUGUGGUAUGAACCCGGCUCGAUCCUUAGGGCCAGCAAUCGUACAGAAGUCUUUUGAUGAUCAUUGGGUGUACUGGGUAGGACCACUGAGUGCCGGUGUAGUGGCGGCUCUUUUAUAUAACCAACUACUGGCACCAAGAGAUGAGCCCUUGAGUGAAAAAACAAGAGUUCUGUUCAGUUGUGGCUCAUCACUGCAAGCUGAAAUUCGGGAACCCCUUCUGACUGAUGUUGAUGGAGAAUGGCCAAAGAAGCCAGUUUCAAUACAUAAUGAGGUUUUAGUGGAGAUGGUUGCUCAAGAGGUGAAGGUCUCGCUGGCCUUUGCACUGUUCACUGCCACACUGGCUCAGAGCUUGGAGCACACCUGA